AUGUUACUCGUCGCGCGAAAAUGGCGGUCACGAAAGACCAUGCUCUGGCUGUUCGUUGCAGAGUUCCCCUUUACUGUGGCUGCCCUCGCUCUCUUCGCCAUUGCUCAGCCAAACACCUACCGUACACGACUCUGGACUGACGGAUACAACAAUGGAUUCAACAGUUCACCCACUGAAAUUCUCUACUCCUACGCAAAUCAUCGACCGAUCAGUCCUCCUAUCAUCUGGAGUCAGUUUAUCACCGACUUCAACGUUGUCAUCUCUGUGCUUUCCAUGUUCAUAAUGCUUAUCAAGCCCGUUCUGUUCUUCAUGCGCGCUCUUAUUCCAAUAUUCUCUGCUCUGGUCCAUAUCCUGCUGGUUGUCCUGUAUGCUUACAGUGCAUAUGGUCAGUCUGCGUCCGACAUGACCGACAAGGACCAUCCACAGAAAGGCGCACCGUGGUACAUCACCAAGAGCUGCGACGUUGCGUCUGACAAGAAGAACAUUGGGUACUGCAAGCAAGCGAAGGCGAGCUUUGCUGUGACAUUGUGUCUAUUGAUACUCUUCGCAGUGACAUUGCUAGUCUCGCUCCACUCUUGUAUUCCUACCAAAGCAGAGAAGCUUGCUCGAGCAGCCGACAUCGAAGAGACAGAGAUACCAGAAUAUUCGCCAGAGACGGCCCGACUUGAUGAGCAAGAGUGGGAGAAGAUGCGGUCACAGGCGGAAUGGCAGUAUCCACCAGGCAUAUCGAACAUGCUGAACCCGAUGACACCGAGGACAGUGGCAUUCCAAACACUCGAAGGGGAACAUGGUCCUACACCUGUUUCAGAUACUUUACCAUUUAGGGAGCGGUAUGGAGGACCGGAUGGACGUUGA